AUGGCUCCCGGGGUGAUUCCCAAUCCUGACGUCAUGAUAACCGGAACGCUUGACGUCAUCGCGCAAAACGACCGAAUCAUCCCCGAAAUCGAGGAAUCGAUUCCCAAAUCAUGCCCCAUAGAUCAUCUCAAUGAUGCCAGUGUGAAUGACGUGGGGAUGAAAAUUGUAAAGCUCGAUAAAAAACAGCCGCGAAAAGUUGUUAGGCCGAAAGUGUUAAAGAACCAUGAGUCGAGGGAGUUCCUGUACGAUCGGCUCUAUGAUACCACUUGCCCUAGAGUGUCUACACUAUGCAACGAAAAAACAUGCCUCGGCAGUUUAAUGGCUAUACCCGGAAGAGGAGACGUGCCGAGGGAACCUGAAGAGGUUUUAAAUGAUGCAAAAGAUUUCCUUGGACAGUAUUUCGCUUCGAUUCGAAGAGCAAACACCCCAGCUCACGAAGCGCGAUGGAAGGCGGUACAGGAAGAAGUGGUGAAGACAGGAACAUAUCAGCUAACCACCACCGAGCUGGUCUUCGGAGCCAAGCUCGCGUGGAGGAACGCGAGUCGCUGCAUUGGCAGGAUACAGUGGUCCAAGUUACAGGUUUUCGACUGCCGGCAAGUCACAACGACAAGCGGGAUGUUUGAAGCACUCUGCAAUCACAUCAAGUAUAGUACAAAUAAAGGAAAUAUUAGGUCAGCAAUAACAGUGUUUCCCCAACGAACGGAUGGCAAGCACGACUACCGGAUAUGGAACAGCCAGCUCAUCAGCUACGCGGGCUACAGACAACCCGAUGGUACUGUUCUGGGUGACCCCAUGCAUUGUGAAUUCACAGAGCUAUGUUUGAAACUCGGCUGGAAACCGCCGAAAACUGCGUGGGAUAUCUUACCGCUCGUGCUGUCAGCGAAUGGCAAGGAUCCGGACUACUUCGAAAUACCUCGCGAACUUGUCAUGGAGAUACACAUGACGCAUCCAACAUACGAAUGGUUCGAAGAGCUGCAGCUGCGCUGGUACGCACUGCCAGCGGUAUCUAGCAUGCGGUUCGACUGCGGCGGCAUAGAGUUCACAGCCAACGCGUUCAAUGGCUGGUACAUGAGCACUGAGAUUGGGUGCAGGAACUUCUGUGACACCAAUCGGUUGAAUAUGUUGGAGAAAGUAGCGGAAAAAAUGGGUCUGGACACGCGGACGCCAGUGAACCUCUGGAAGGACAAAACCCUGGUGGAGGUGAACGUGGCCGUGCUGCACAGCUUCCAGCAACACAACGCGACCAUUGUGGACCACCACACGGCCUCCGAGAGCUUUAUUAAACACUUGGACAAUGAGAACAGGCUGCGUUCGGGCUGCCCCGCGGACUGGAUAUGGAUCGUCCCGCCGAUGUCCUCAUCCAUCACGCCGGUGUUCCAUCAAGAGAUGGCGCUGUACUAUCUGCGACCUUCAUAUGAAUAUCAGGAGGCGGCGUGGAAGACGCACCAGUGGCAGAAGUCGAAGCCGAUAACGGGCAAGCGGGCGAUCAACAGGAAGUUCCACUUCAAGCAGAUCGCGCGCGCCGUCAAGUUCACGUCGAAGCUGUUCGGGCGCGCGCUGUCCAAGCGCAUCAAGGCCACGGUGCUGUUCGCCACCGAGACCGGCAAGUCGGAGCAGUACGCCAAGGAGCUGGGCGUCAUAUUCGGCCACGCCUUCAACGCUCAGGUACACUGUAUGGUGGAUUAUGACAUCACAUGUAUUGAGCAUGAAGCUCUGUUAUUGGUGGUCACUUCCACUUUCGGGAAUGGUGACCCUCCAGAAAAUGGAGUGGAAUUUGCCGAACACCUUUGCGAACUUUUGUAUGCAGAUCAAGUUGGUGAUGAAAGUACUGGGGCGUCACAGAUGUUAACUCCAAAGUCGUUCAUUAAAGCAAACAGUCAAAUCGAAUUGCAAAGAUACGCGGUGACUAAUCCUAAACAAUUGAGCCGCUUGGAGUCUUUGAAAGGCAGCGCAACCGACGCGACGUCCAUAGACAGUUUCGGUCCGCUGAGCAACGUGCGGUUCGCGGUGUUCGCGCUCGGCUCCAGCGCGUACCCGAACUUCUGCAACUUCGGCAAGUACGUGGACAAGCUGCUGGGCGAGCUCGGCGGCGAGCGGAUACACGACGUGGCCACCGGCGACGAGAUGUGCGGCCAGGACCAGGCGUUCCGCAAGUGGGCGUCCAGCGUGUUCAAUGUGGCCUGUGAGACAUUCUGUUUGGAUGAUGACGAGACAUUACAAGAGGCGAAGAGGGCUUUGGGAACAGUUACAUUGAGUGAGGAAACAGUUAGAUUCGCGUAUCCAGCUGGGAAACCGCCGACGUUGCUGAAUGGCCUACAAUCAGCAUUAAAUAGACAACUAAUUACGUGCACUGUUAAAGCUAAUAAGGAUCUAGGAGAUUCUACCGCGGAAAGAUCAACUAUUUUCAUUGAUAUGGAACCAAAGAGUGAAAUUAAAUAUGAUCCAGGAGAUCAUGUUGGGAUAAUAGCUUGCAAUCGUAAGGAAUUGGUAGACAAUUUGCUAGCUAGACUAAAGGACAUUGAAGAUUUUGAUACUCCAGUUAAUUUGCAACUAAUGAAGGAAACUCAUACUUCUAACGGGCCGGUGAAAUCUUGGGAACCGCACGAGAGGCUGCCGGCCGCCAGCGUGCGCGAUUUGUUCACGAGGUUCCUGGACAUAACCACACCACCCACGACCAUACUCUUGCAAUACUUGGCGAAGACUUGCUCUAGUGAGAACGAGAGGAAACAGCUGAAUGUGUUGGCGACGGACCCCUCAGCGUACGAGGACUGGCGCCACUUCUACUUCCCGACUCUCUCCGAAGUGCUGGACCAGUUCCCGUCCGCUAAGCCGAGUGCUUCUCUUCUCGCGGCGUUACUCUCUCCUUUGCAGCCACGAUUCUAUUCGAUCUCUUCUUCUCCUCUCGCUCAUCCGAAGCGUCUGCACCUCACUGUUGCUGUUGUUACGUAUAGGACUCAGGAUGGAGAAGGCCCAGUGCAUUAUGGUGUUUGCUCGAAUUAUCUCAUGGAUCGUAAGCCGGGGGAUGAGGUUUAUCUCUUUAUACGAAGCGCCCCCAACUUCCACCUACCUCAAGAUCUAUCAGUGCCCUUAAUACUGAUAGGUCCCGGUACGGGGAUAGCGCCGUUCCGAGGUUUCUGGCACCAUCGGAAAGCGUUGCUCAAUUCCCGAGCUCGUCCCAACGCUGGUCCGGUCUGGCUGUUCUUCGGAUGUCGGACCAGGACCAUGGACCUGUAUCGAGAGGAGAAGGAGCAAGCGUUGCGAGAUGGCGUACUGUCGAAAGUCUUCCUCGCUCUGUCGAGGGAAAAGAAUAUUCCGAAAAUGUACGUCCAAGAAUUAGCGGAAAAAGAGGGAGCGGAAAUACACGAUUUGCUUAUAAAUUCAGGAGCACAUUUCUAUGUGUGCGGUGAUUGUAAGAUGGCGGAAGACGUUCAUCAAAAGUUAAAGGGGAUCAUUAAGAAACACGGCAAUAUGACCGAUGAGCAAGCACAAAACUUCAUGUUUAUAUUAAAGGAGGAGAACCGCUACCACGAGGACAUAUUCGGUAUAACGCUGCGCACCGCCGAGGUGCACAGCGCGUCCCGCGAGUCCGCGCGCCGCAACCGCGUCGCCGCGCUGCCCUGACGCCGCUCCUCGCGCUCCCCGCGGCCGCACACAUAACUCGUUACACCUCUCACUCGAUACACCACACACUCGA